GUGAAGUUCGUAUCGUGAGUGAAAUCUUAGCAUCGCAUCAAGAUGACUGGACGCGGAAAGGGAGGAAAAGGACUGGGCAAAGGAGGAGCUAAGCGUCACCGGAAGGUGCUGCGCGAUAACAUCCAGGGCAUCACCAAGCCGGCCAUCCGUCGUUUGGCCCGCCGUGGAGGCGUCAAGCGUAUUUCCGGGCUGAUCUACGAGGAAACGCGCGGAGUGUUGAAGGUGUUCCUGGAGAACGUGAUCCGCGAUGCGGUCACCUACACGGAGCACGCCAAGCGCAAGACCGUGACCGCCAUGGAUGUGGUGUACGCUCUGAAGCGCCAGGGCCGCACUCUGUACGGUUUUGGAGGCUAAACUGCUAGACCGUCAAACAUCAUCACCAUCAGCAACACAACAGAACAACAUCAAAACGGCCCUUUUCAGGGCCAACGAAUGUAUUUCUGAAAGAUUCGCUUCUACAGAGCUUCCCAACGCGACACAUAGCUAUACAUAUGCAUGUACAUUACAAAGCCUCAACUUAACAUGCGUUUUUCUUAAAUAUUCAUCUGCGGGGCUUCGGAAUAAAUGUCCAUGCUUGGCGUGGUAACUAUGAUUGUGCU